AUGACUCACAAGCAUUGUUUCGAGGCUCUUGAUAGAACAAUGAGAGACAUAUCACGUUCCAGUCAACCGAACAUGCAAUCGAAGCCGUUUGGGGGAAAGGUCAUUCUAUUUGGUGGUGAUUUUAGACAAAUUCUUCCGGUCAUCCCUAAAGGUACCAGAACAAUGAUAGUCAAUGCUUCUUUGAAUUCUUCUUAUAUAUGGCGGCACUGUAAAGUACUAAAGCUAACUGAGAAUAUGAGAUUAAGAGUUGGUUGUCAGGAAGCAGAUUUGAAAGAAAUAAAGGAAUUUGGAGAAUGGAUUUUAAAGCUUGGUGAUGGUCUGCUUGGUGAAGAAAAUGAUGGUGAGAUUGAUAUUGAAAUACCAGAUGAUUUACUUAUUCAUGACCAACAAAGAGCGAUUCUUGCUCCAACUAAUGAAGUAGUGGAUUCAAUAAAUAAAGAGUUGUUAGAGAGUCUGCCUGGUGAAGAAAAGGUUUAUUUUAGUUCAGAUAGUUUAUGCCAAUCGGAGGAAGAAUCAGAGCUUAAUAUGGCGUUGUUUCCUCCUGAUGUGUUAAACAAUCUUCGUUUAUCUGGUUUACCUAAUCAUAAAUUAGUACUGAAAGUUGGUGCUCCGGUGAUGUUACCCAAAAACAUUAAUCAGGCAAAUGGAUUGUGUAAUGGUACACGUUUAAAAAUCACGAAGCUCGGAAAAGUUGUGAUUGAAGCAAAAAUUAUCACAUGGACUAAUAUAGAUCAUCAUACUUUGAUUUCAAGACUGAAGAUGACACCUUCAGAUAAAAAAAUACCAGUGAAGAUUUCUCAAAGACAAUUCCCACUUUCACUGUGUUUUGCUAUGACAAUAAAUAAAAGUCAAGGACAAUCAUUGGAGCGUGUUGGUUUAUAUCUUCCACGUCCAGUGUUUAGUCUUGGCCAGCUCUAUGUUGUUGUAUCUAGAGUAAAAAAUAGGAAGGGAUUGAAAAUUUUGAUUUGUGAUAAAGAGAAACGAGUCUAUACAACCACUACUAAUGUGGUUUACAAGGAAGUUUUACAAAAUCUAUGA